ACAUCAGAGUGAUUAUUGAAAGUUACCUGAUGCUGGCUUUGAUCUCAUGCUUUGAACUAUACAGGUUUGGAAUAGAUGAUUGGAACGAAAGAACUUCCUUUCUAAUUUCAGGAGUAUUUGUAGUCUGCUGAUGCUUUUUCUUGAUCUUUUGAUGGUUGCAUGCUUACAAACAAAAACCUCAACAAUUGAUGGAAAAUGAGAAACAACAAGCUGAAAAGAUGGAUGAGCUAUAUACAGGCUUGAGGAGGACAAAAAUGAGAAACUUCUUUCCUUCGAUCUGGCUAACAAGGAGGCUACUCUUUGCACUUUUUCUAUGCUUUAUGCAAUGGAAUACUUAUAUCAUUCUCAUUGGAAUAAUACUGAGUAUACAGCUGUUUUACUUAAUUUCUUUGAGUAUUUUAAGACCCUAUGAGAAAUUAAGAGUAAAUUUUAUAGAAAUGAUCAAUGAGCUGUUCUUCACAGGGUAUUUGUGAGGAUUACUAAUCUUUACAAAGGAAGACUGGACAGAUUCUUUGAUAACAAUGACACUCUACACAAUGCUUUCUAACACAAUUAUCAUUGGAAUUAUUACUUUCAUCUGACUUAUUGAUGACAUUGUAAAACUCCUUUCCAAAUGUUGCAAAAGAAGUUCUAACCAAAACCAAACAGUACCAGUCACAGACAACUUACCCCAUCCUCCUACCACCAAAAAGCCCCCUACAGCCAACCGCUACAUCCACGAAAAUAGAAGCAGCUCAAAUGUCAUUCUUCACCUAAACUAAUUUCCUAAGUAUCCUUCAACUCUA